AUGUGCCCCGGGCUCCUCGCCCUCCUGCUGCCAAUCUGCCUCUCCUGGACCCUGGGGACCCGAGGCUCUGAGCCUCGCAGCGUGAACGAUCCCGGGAACAUGUCCUUUGUGAAGGAGACGGUGGACAAGCUGUUGAAAGGCUACGACAUCCGCCUGAGACCCGACUUCGGGGGUCCCCCUGUCUGCGUGGGGAUGAACAUCGACAUCGCCAGCAUCGACAUGGUUUCCGAAGUCAACAUGGAUUAUACCUUAACCAUGUAUUUUCAACAAUAUUGGAGAGAUAAAAGGCUCGCGUAUUCUGGGAUCCCUCUCAACCUCACACUUGACAAUCGUGUGGCUGACCAGCUUUGGGUGCCCGACACAUAUUUCUUGAAUGACAAAAAAUCAUUUGUGCAUGGAGUGACAGUGAAAAACCGCAUGAUCCGCCUUCACCCUGAUGGGACGGUGCUGUACGGGCUCAGAAUCACCACGACAGCGGCAUGCAUGAUGGACCUGCGAAGAUACCCGCUGGAUGAACAGAACUGCACUCUGGAAAUCGAAAGCUAUGGCUACACCACGGAUGACAUUGAAUUUUACUGGCGUGGUGGGGACAAAGCUGUCACUGGAGUGGAAAAGAUUGAGCUGCCACAGUUCUCCAUUGUGGAGCAUCGUCUGGUCUCGAGGAAUGUUGUCUUCGCCACAGGUGCCUAUCCCCGACUCUCGUUGAGCUUUCGGUUGAAGAGAAACAUCGGAUACUUCAUUCUUCAGACUUACAUGCCCUCUAUACUGAUUACCAUUCUCUCCUGGGUGUCCUUCUGGAUCAAUUACGAUGCAUCUGCUGCUAGAGUUGCCCUCGGGAUCACAACUGUGCUGACAAUGACGACCAUCAACACCCACCUUCGGGAGACUUUGCCCAAAAUACCCUAUGUCAAAGCCAUCGACAUGUACCUGAUGGGCUGCUUUGUCUUUGUGUUCCUGGCGCUUCUGGAGUAUGCCUUUGUCAACUACAUUUUCUUUGGAAGAGGCCCUCAGAGACAGAAGAAGCUUGCAGAAAAGACAGCCAAGGCGAAGAGCGACCGGUCAAAGAGCGAAAGCAGCCGGGUGGAUGCUCAUGGAAACAUUCUGUUAACGUCGCUGGAAGUUCACAAUGAAAUGAAUGAGGUCGCAGGUGGCGUUGGAGAUACCAGGAAUUCAGCAAUAUCCUUUGACAACUCAGGAAUCCAGUACAGGAAACAGAGCAUGCCUCGGGAAGGGCAUGGGCGAUUCACAGGGGACAGGAACAUCCCGCACAAGAAGACCCAUCUACGGAGGAGGUCUUCGCAGCUCAAAAUCAAAAUCCCUGAUCUAACCGAUGUGAAUGCCAUAGACAGAUGGUCCAGGAUCGUGUUUCCAUUCACUUUUUCUCUUUUCAACUUAGUUUACUGGCUGUACUAUGUUAACUGA